CAGUCGGGAUUUGAUACAAAGCGGAGCUGUGAGAAAACUUAGAAACGGAAACGGGUUUUAUUGUUGGUAUAGAAACUUUGGCGGAGAGCAGCGCUCACUGUGUAGAGAGUGUGGCAUUGCAGUGGCAAGCAGCACCAAAAUCAGUACCCAGCACAAUUCAAUCCAGCGCAUCGUUGCAAUCAAUUGAAAAUUAUCAAGCCCGUGAGUGUGAGCGAGUGCGAGUGCGGGGGUGCAAUAUCGUGGGAAACAGAGAGAGAGCAAAUCAACCGUAAGAGAUGUCCAUGAGCAAUCUGUCCGUAGACGGGGAAUUCCGUUACGUUAUCCAGUGGUUUCACGAGUGGAGCGAGAUGCAGCGCGACGACUUUGCGUAUGUGUUUGUGGAAUACCUAACCAGAGGCUCCAGCGCGGACGUGGGCGGUGUUCAUGUGAAUGGCAUUGUAGACGCCCUGGCAACCGCAGGCGUGCAGGACAAGCCCAUGAGCUUGUUCCAGUGCCGUAUUAAGCUGUUUCGUGAAUGGAGCCCAAAGUGGCCGAUCGAGUUCAAAUGCCAGCUGCAGGAAAAGAUCAACGAAAUCGACUCGAAAGUAGGGGAAAAGAUCAUCAAUGAGCUGAAGGGGCACCAUGGCGGCGUGCACAAUGGUGACGUAGCCGUUCAUUUAAAUGAAAAUGGAGCAGCAGCGGGCGAAGACAUUGAACUGGAGCAGCCAGCUGCUGUCGCAGAUGCUGUGCCAACUGCGGCUCCAGCAGCAGAUGUGCCGCAGCCCGAGAUCCCAGCCCCCAGCCAGGCGGUGGAGGUAGAAGCAGAUAAUGAUAACCAUUUAGCAGCGGUAUUGCGUCAAGAAACGCCAGUUGAUGACGACGACGAGGACGACAAAGACAAUGACGAGCAGCGUGCGUCUGCUGGUGACGAUUGCAAUGCUGAUGUAAAUGGCCCGUAUUUAUCGGCUGCGGUGACAACCAUUGCGGUGAAUACAUCGCCCUCGACGUCUCCAUCGCCAUCGCCCCAGCCGAGCGUCGAACCUGUAGAACAGGUCGAGAAUAACGUUACAGUCUCGGUAGCCUCUGCCGAGGUGGUACCCCCGGUGGCAUAGAUGCACAGAGUGGCUUGUGCCCGAGACAAACCAGAACGAACAAUGUGAACGAAGAAGGCCUAAUGAGUAGUUAAGUACUUUAGUCGCAUGUGUCACCGUCAGCACCAUCAACACGACAUUCCAUUCAGCAAAAUGCAUUUCUAGUUAUGUAAGUUGUGCCGCUUUGGGCCUCUAUGAGAUAAGCAAAACUAAUCCGAACAUCUACUGUUCUAAAGCACAAGCUAACCACGACUCUGGGGUCAUAAAACCCUGAUCCAACAUUCCA